AUUGGACCAGUCAACAACUGGAAGGUUUUGCAAUUUACAAGGUUGCUGGCUAUUCGUUCCCUUGUUCCUUGUUUCCAUGGGUGUGACCCAGUAUAAGUUGAGCUGUGAGUUCUGCUCACAUGAACUUUAUUUGAGCGAUGGAAGGCAGAUCACUGAUACCGACAGCUCUUGUGCUGCUGGUGUACUUGCUGACAUUUCUCUCGUUUACCUACUGCCUGUCUGAAGAACAGAAGCAAGUCGUGAAAGUCCACAAUAAUUAUCGAUCACAGGAGGGUGCAACCAACAUGCUUAAAAUGUCCUGGGAUUCAGGUCUGGAAAACAUCGCCAAGACAUAUGCAGCCAAAUGCAUAUGGGAACAUAACCCAGAAAGGGGAAAUGUGGGGGAAAACUUGUUUGUGGGAACUGGUAAAUUCAACGUCGGGAACGCAAUAAAGAGUUGGUACGACGAAAAGCCUUAUUACACAUUCGAAACUAUGGGCUGUGCUGCAGAUAAAAAGUGUGGACACUAUACUCAGGUUGUAUGGGCAAAUAGUAAUAAGGUUGGCUGUGCCCAUUACUUUUGUAAGACAGUGGAAGGUCUGGAUUUGAAGGACGCAACUAUUCUGGUGUGCAAUUAUUCACCUCCUGGUAACUAUAAAAACCAGAAACCAUAUAGAAAAGGGAAGUCCUGCAGUGAAUGUCCAAAAGGAUACUCAUGUCAGGGGAAUCUUUGCAGUAACAACAUGCAAGGAGGCUCCAAUGGUGUGAAUUUAGUAAUGUUCUCUAGUACUACUCUGGUUGUUUUAAUGUUAGUAGCUUUGUAUUCCUUAUGAAGCAAGAAAGCAGUGAAAGAGAGGUUUGGCCCACCUAAUAAAUUAUAUACAUUUAACUUAAACCUUAAAAGGUUUACUUGGCUCCUGUUGAAUCUGCAUGGAUCUCCAUCAACAAUGUUAUCAAAUCACUUCUCUUAGCCUGAAUCUUGUUAAGUUGCUGUUAGUUCUUACAUCAAAGUAAUUUUCAACUAAGUUGAACUCUGUAGUACAAAUGUUGAAUAACAUCUUCACUCUGUUUCACUUGAUGCUUGAUGACAAUAGAUUGUUGCCUGGAUAUAGAUGUUUGAAAUAAAUAAUAAAUAUUGUCAGUCUGCGGUA